GAGGGAGGGAGCUGGGCUGCAGACGGAGCCUCUGCUGCCUGCUUUAGCCAUCACUCACACUCUUCUCACGGCCGAGGAAACUACAGCCUGCCAAGAUGUGCAAAGGAUUAGCAGCGCUGCCCCACACGUGCCUGGAGAGGGCCAAGGAGAUCAAGACGAAGCUGGGCACACUGCUCCAGAAGCCUGACUCGACCAUUGACUUCAUCAUCCCUUACCCUGAGAAGCCGGAGAAGCCACCCAAGGCCCAGAAGCCAUCUCCGGAGGAGGCUCUGCAGUGGCGCGAUUCCUUGGAGAAACUCCUGCAGAACCCCUAUGGGCUUGCCAGCUUCCGCAGCUUCCUGCGCUCCGAGUUCAGUGAGGAGAACGCUGAGUUCUGGGCAGCCUGCGAGGACUACAAGAAAACCAAGUCCCCUGUGAAGAUGGCAGAGAAGGCCAAAAAGAUCUAUGAGGAGUUCAUCCAGACUGAGGCACCCAAGGAGGUGAACAUCGACCACUUCACCAAGGCUGUGACCAUGAAGAACCUGGUGGAGCCGUCACCAACCAGCUUUGACAUGGCCCAGAAGAGGAUCUUUGCCCUGAUGGAAAAAGACUCCCUGCCCAGAUUUGUGCGAUCGGAGUUUUAUCAUGAGUUAAUCAAGUAGCAAUGCAGCAGGGCUGUGCGAGGUGUCCCCACUGCCCCUUCUCCUGCAGCCGCUUUGCUUUCUCAGUACCACCCUAGAAGAGCACCCAGGGGUGUUGCUAAACACCUCCCCCCAUGCUUUGGACUGUCAAACAUCCUGGUGUUUCCUCUCUCACCAUCACUUUCCUCUCCCACAAAAGACCAAUUUGCAGAAACUCCCUGGAGCUGGGACCCAGAAGGGUGAGGGAGCAGCCCCAGCUCUGCAGUGACCAGGAGCUACUUGGCCAGCUGGUGCAUCCCUGGUGCUGCAGAGCUUGGCACUAGCUGGAGGCUCUGAGGUGCCAGCUCUGCCUUCUUAGGACUCCUUAGAACAUGACAAUUUUUCCCCCAGUGUUGCCCAUACUGCUUGUUUGGCCCAGGCUCGCUCCCUCCUCCCAACUUCCCAGGCGCUGCUGACACUGCCCAGGUACCCUGCAGGUGCUCCCCUCCCUGGCCAAGGGGCAGGUGAGGCACGUCCACUGCCUGAUUGGCAUCACCUUGUCUUCAGAAAGCAGCCAGUCAGCAGGCACAGGGACAGCUGUCCAGGGACGGGGGCACGGCAGGGACAGCAGUGACACCGUACAGCAAGGAUGGCACUGUGACAAGGAUGGCAGGGACUGCUGUACGGCAGAACCAGGUGCCGCAGGGUGCGCCUGGCUGGCACCAGGGGUGAGCAGAGCGAGCCUGUGGCACUGCUUCCCCAGCGGCUCCACCUGGAGCCAGCCUGUUUGCUUCACUCUAAACACAAAAAAAGAGGAUAAAACGAGACCUGCUGGUCCAAAACACUGGGACUGUUUAGCAACCCAGAACUCCUGCUCGCUCCAACCUUUGUGUGAUGCCCUGAGCUCCCGGUGCACAUCCCACGCCCCAUCCCAGUGCUGGUCGCAGCCCUCGCAGUGUGCUGGGAUGGCAGCUCCAGGGGCUGCCGCAGGGCUCUCCUGUUCCUGUCGCUUCUCUCUUCAAUAGGCACGCCAAAGCAAUACUUCUACACAAACCCAACAGAGGGGCGUCGAGCACAGGAGGGAUCAAAGUCAUGCUGGGGGGAAAGAAAGCUGAAAUUCCAGCUGUUCACAUCCAAUUUGAAAAAAACAAACCCAAAAAACCAAACGCAAACUCAAACCCAUUAUUGGAAACAUGAAAAAUAACUCCCUGGCUUCUAGAACAGAGUGCAGACUCUGCUGAGUUUGUGUAGCCUGCAUCUCUCUCUCCUGUCUCCUACUAUCUGCCCAGGACAUGUGUUUCCACAGGCUGUCUCUAAAAGGACCAGCUGUUUUCUAAUAGUUCAAAGACAGCCCUCUGCUAGCAGAAUAAAUCACACCUGAGGAUGGGGCAAGGGCAUACAUGAAAAGCAGCCAGGGUCUCAUUCCAGCCUUGAGGGAAAUGUGACAAACCCCUGCUCCACGGGGCCUGGAUGGUUCAUCCCCCUGUUGGUUUCCUGGUGCAUCAUCCACAGGGUCAUGGCUUGCAACCUGACAGGUGCCAGCAAAAUAUCCAUGGCCAUGCUGCCCACAGGCAUCCCAGACCAGCCCCCUUCCCCAGGCUGCUCAGCCUCUCUGCAAGUCAUGGGGCUCCAUGCAAAAUGCAGUAACAUAAACAACGGAUUUGCCAGCCUCUUCAAGACUUUCAAAAUCUGAUCAAAACCCCACCAGCCCCAAAUAUUUACAUGUUGUCACUAUGGCAAUGAAGAAAAAUACAUCCCGAGCUUCAGGAAAUGGGCUGUGUUUUCCAUGCAGGAGCAGGGAGGCAGGGGAAGGAUGGAGGCAGUCACAAACGUGACUCUUUUUUUAAGCUCUGGAGCAAAAGGCCUGGGAAAGUCGGUGCUGGAGCAGCAGGGGUGAUGCUCACAGGCAUUCCCCUGGGGUGUAUGCAGAGGGUGGCUUGGGUGGCCCUAAAGAGCCCAAGGGAGCCCAUGAGCAGCAGGAGGGUCCCAUCAAAAGGGCACAGGACCCCCCAGCAGUGCCCACCAUUCAGGUAGGCAACAAGGGGGAGGUAGAAGCAGGGCUGGGUGUGGGAUGGGGGGCUUGGCCAGCCCCUCUGCUGCAGGGUGCUCUCCCCACCUCUGCCUGUACAUGCUCCCUGCACCCUCCCAACAUCUCCAUAAACUGGUGUCAAUACAAGUAGGUUCAGCAUGUUCAAGCUCCCCAUUUACAGCGUGACUCAGAAAUGCAAAACUGAACAGGCUUCCCUGCAGAAAGACCUGGAUCUUUCAUUUCUGCUUAAUCCUUUGGCAGCUAUUUCCAGAUUCCCUCACAUGUUUCACAGUUAAAUGCUGCCACCACCACCGCCAUAAGGUCGGGAUGUUGCUGGAGGCUGUCUUGCUACGCACCAUCAAACCCUGAGACGUCACUGCUGCAGCAGCGACACGUGGGGCAGGGAGAAGGUGUCUAGGUAUGUAUGUGUGGAAAAGAAAGGUGCAGGCUGGGCUCAGGAGAGAUGAAACAGCUCUGUUGGAAAUCCCUCCCUGGCUCAAUUUCUGGUAAAAUGCUGGAAGUCUACUUUGGGGGCUGCCAGUGAUCUACUGGGUGGCCAUAAAAUGUGGCCACUGAAGCAUUUUGGAGCUCUUGGGAAGUUGUGUUUGUGUAGAAGGGUCAUUUGGCAGGCUUGCCUGGAAAGGUGGUAACACCUGUACCAACCCCAUGGCCCAGCUUUCCACAGGCCCAGAGGUAUUUACUCCUGGGCUGAUGCCAACCAUCAUAUUCUGGUAGGAAAUAUUUCAUGUAUUUUAUCACUCUAGCUCUCGUGAAAUUUGGCAUAUAUAGCACUAUAUAUACACAACAUGUACAUCUGUAUUCCUGGAGUCAUAUAUACACAUACACAUGUAUACAUACUGGUAACGUGGGCAUCUGGAUCCUCUGAGAGGCAGAGAGCCAAAACCCAGAGUUUCUGGAUGUGGUGCUUGGGGUCCAUCAGAGAGAAUAGGGUGCAUGGGUUUAGCGUGGUCCCAGACCCUGUUGGGGGAAACCUUGGCCAUCCACCUUAGCAAACACAGAAGCGCAUCUUUCCAAAACAUCCUCUGGAAUCACCCUGUGCCUGUGGCUGCUGUGUGCCAUCCUGGCACCUGGGCUGCUGCAGGAGGCAGUUCUCGUGCUCCCCGAGGGACCCCAAUCUCUGCCGUGGGGCAAGGCAACCCCACGCUGCAGCCAGGGGCACGGGGCACUAGGCACUGCCUCCACGCCACCCUGGCGCCCACUCCCUGCCACAGGCACAUGUGGAAAAGGGCUCCCUGCAGCUGAACACCUCAGAUGAACACCGGGGGAUGGUUUGCUGUGUGUUUUAUGGUGCCUUCAGGGACCCGCAGCCUCGCACCUCAUCAGUCACAGGGUGAACCACCCAGCUCUUGCCCUGGGGGCUUGAGGCUGGACUCUGCCAAUGCUGCCCAGUUCCAGCCUUGGGGACUGCCAAAGCCCAGUGGCUGAGGGUGUCCCAGAGCUCGUCCAGGCUCCCCUCAGGCCUUGGUCACUCCAUGGAGGGUGCUGCACGCUGUGGCCAAGGGCUGGAGCAAGGUCAGGAGGGCGCAUCAGCCCCUCACACCCGUGAGCUGCAGGUUUUCAGUCUGAAGUUCUCCAUGGGAUUUCCACCAGAGAUCUUCAUGUGGGGAAGAUGUGAGGUGCUGGUGUGCACCGAGGAGUUGUGUUAACCCAUAUUCAUGUACCACUCAGUAAUCUACACAUAAACAUGUAUUUCUGCUACUGUUUCAA